CACGGUUCUGCUGUAUCCGGACGCAUAUUUUCGCACAGGAGCAUGGAGGCCGAGCUGGCACGGCUGGAGGCGCUCCGCGACUCAUCGCGGGACCUCGUCGCGUACCUCGAGAGCGCGCGCGAGCAGUUUGACGCGAUCCAAGAAGAGAACGAGAAAGCCUUGCGCAUCAUGGAGAACUGGCACGCCGUCUUUGCGAUCGCGAACGGCGUCGCCAGAAUACAAAGCGCGUCCGAGACGUCGGGCGGCUUCUCUAGCGUGCCUGCGACGCCAUAAGCCGAUCCUUUUACGCUGCGUCCGGCGCUCGCCCAAGGGCGGGUUCACCUUGCCGAGCGCAUACGCCAGGCCAGCAGUGCAGCCAAGGACGACACGCCGCACCACCUCUCGACACUACUAGCACUUCAACCAUUCCAAAUGCAAACAGAUUCCACCAAGCGU